AUGUUAUAAUUUAGAGGAUUUAUAAUAUUUGAUUUGAAGAGAUAAAUUUUUUUCUUUGAAAUGAGAAGAGACAUUGAAUUGGAUUUAUAAUGGUUCUCUUUUCAGAGAGACAUAAGAAAAAAAUUUAUUGAUUAAGAAGUUUUAGAGGAGAAAGUGUUAGAAAUGCAAUCUGCUUUUGGAAAAGUAAGGGGAAAAUUUGAUUAUUUCUAAAGUAAUGAUAUUAAUGAAUUAUAGAAAGGUUUUUGAUUCUUAUUGCAUAAAAUUAUGUUGAGGAUAUUUAUUUAGCUGAACUAUUAAAUGAGAUUUUUGCCAUUUUAAUCGCCUAAGAAUAUUAUAUUAAGGUAAAUCACUCAUAUUAUACAGUUCUUCAAAGAAGAGUUAGAAGUAUAAGCUUUUUUUUAAGUUGAAAAGAAAAUACAAGAAAAAGAAUUUUAUUUAAACUAAAACUUUCAAUCAAUGUAUGCUCUCCCUAAUCUGUUCUCAUAAAUUUAAUAAUAUAAGAAACUUCUAAGUUCUAAUGAUUUAGACUUAGAAAUGCAAGAUCCAUAAUCAUCUGAAUCCUUUUCAAACUAAGAGAUUAUUUUUAAAGGAUUCACUAUUUUUGAUACCUCAAGAUAAUGCUUUUAUAUGUUAAUUAAAAGAGGAUUCGCAAAUGAUAAUCUAUGGAAAAUGUAAAGAAUGCAAAUAUAAGAAUUUUUAUUACAAAGAUCAAAGGCUCCUUUAUAACAUUUCUUUUUGAAUUUUGAUAUGGGUCAAUUCUUAUUUGAGUACGAUAUUUAAGCAAGUAAAUUAUUUAGAUUUAUAAUUUAGAAAAUUAUUUUAUACUAAUAACUAAUUCAAUAUCUGCACAGCAUCCUCAAAAAGUAUUAUUAUCAAAAUUAAAGGAAUUUGUUUAAAGAAUUCCAGACUAUUAAAAUGUAAAUUAUUUAAAUACCUAGUUUUAUAAGCCAGAAUUAGAGAAUAAAUUGAAGUCAUAAUUAUUGGGAAUUAUUGAAAUUGAGGAAAGAAAUUAUUAAUAAAAAUAUAAUCCUAAGUGGAUUGACAAAGAAAAAAAAGCAAACAGAAAAAUUAUAAAAUAAAGAGGAAUAACAGAAAUUUCAUUUUAAAACUAGGGAAUGCUGUGUUUUGAUGAAUUUUCUUUAACAGAUUAUCUAAGUUAACGAGAUAAAUUUGUUAAUGAACUUUUAUGA